UAGAUUCACUCAAAUCCUUCUUUAUCUCUCUUCACUAAAUCUUUAUCUACUCUCUCUAUAUUCUCUCUUUACUAAAGAUUUAUCUACUCUCUCUAUCCCUAUCUAAGAUGGGUGCAGGAAAUCAAAAUCAAAAGUAUCCGACAAUGUCAGAGGGUUUGGAGGAGUUAAAGAAACUGCAGGACAUAGCCUUUCCAAUCACAGCUAUGGGUCUAGUGGGUUAUCUCAGAAGCAUGAUCUCAGUUGUCUGCAUGGGAAGACUAGGUGAACUUGAGCUUGCCGGAGGUUCGUUGGCCAUUGGGUUCACUAACAUCACUGGAUACUCCAUUAUUUCCGGCCUUGCGCUGGGGAUGGAUCCUGUUUGCAGCCAAGCUUUUGGUUCAAAAAACUUUCCUUUACUGACUCUAACACUACAAAGAACAACUUUACUCCUCUUGUUUGUUUCCAUCCCCAUCGGACUUCUUUGGGUUAACCUUGAACCUCUCAUGCUUCUCAUGAAUCAGAACCCUGACAUAACUCGAGUUGCAAGCCUCUACUGCCAGUUUGUUCUACCUGAUCUCUUCGCAAAUUGUCUUCUUCAACCUUUACGAAUUUAUCUUCGCAGCAAAGGUACACCAUGGCCUUUAAUGUGGUUCACUUUGCUUGCAGUUAUCCUACACCUUCCCAUUACCAUUUUCCUAGCCUUCACCCUUCAUCUUGGCAUUCCUGGCAUAGCAGUGGCUACGUUUAUAACUAGUUUCAACACUCUCAUCUUCCUUCUAUGUUACAUGUUUUUUACUCACCAAAAUGCUGCAGAAUCUUCGCUCUAUACACCACUAAAACUGUCCCCAUCGAUGACUACUACUUCACUUGGAGCAGGAGAUGAAUGGGGAACUUUGCUUAGACUAGCUAUACCUAGUUGCCUAGCUGUCUGUAUGGAGUGGUGGUGGUACGAAAUCAUGACAGUUCUUGCUGGUUAUUUUCACAAACCAAAUGUAACAUUGGCAACUUCGGCUAUUGUUAUUCAAACCACCUCUCUCAUGUAUACAUUUCCCAGCUCCCUGAGUGCCUCAGUUUCAACACGUGUUGGGAAUGAGCUAGGAGCAGGUAGGCCUCAUAAAGCACGUUUGGCAACCAUGGUUUCCAUGGUAAUGGCGGUUUUAGUCUCAGUACUAGGAUUCUCAUGGACAAAGCUGGGGGCUAGGGCUUGGGGUAAGGUGUUCACUAAAGAUGCCGAGGUCCUAGAAUUAACUAUGAAAGUUUUACCAAUAAUUGGACUUUGCGAGCUUGCAAAUUGCCCACACACAACAGGCUGUGGUGUUCUUAGAGGAAGUGCUAGGCCCAGCAUUGGUGCUACAAUCAACUUCUACUCUUUUUACUUGGUCGGCACGCCUGUGGCAAUACUUUUAGCUUUUGUAUGGGAACUAGGGUUUCCCGGACUUUGUUAUGGGCUUUUAGCAGCUGAAAUUGCUUGUGCCCUCUCUGUGAUAACUGAGAUCUGGAAGACAAACUGGGAUGAAGAGUCACUAAAGGCCAAAGACUUAGUUGGGGGAGAUGAAUUCACAGACGAAGAUCGAUUGAUAAAAUCAGGGGAAGAAGCUGACUUUUACAAAGAAGUGGGCAUCUAAUACGAAAAGCAGGAAUACAAAUAUAAGAACCCACAACACCACAUACUAAUAAAAUUGGCUUCUAUUUCUUAAGCUAGGAACUAAUCACUUUUGCUAAACUUAACUUUUUAUACAUAUACGGAUUAUCUUUUGCAGUUUUGAGUUUUCUUUCCUAUCUUAAGCAUUAUUGUUUCAGGCUUUCAGCAAGCUAUAUUUAUAGACUAAUAGUUCGACAAUUGUUUGCAUGUCUAUUUGUAGUCAGUUAAGUGAGUUAAGUACCAUUUCAUGUGUAUAUAUACAGGUUUCGUGUCUUUCUCUUUCAUGUACGCAAGGAGGAGUCUGUGCUUAGAUGCAUAAAUACUAACAAAUAUUGAGAAAUAUGGCACAA